AUGGCGUCAAACGAUGAUCUCGUACACUAUGGUCAGACAGUUUAUCAUGGAACAAUUUUUAACUUCAGUGUAGUAGAUUUUUCUUUGGUACAUUCUAAUGCACCAUUGGUGAUAAAAGCGAAAUGCAGAGACUUCCGUGAUAAGCUGAUUCUAAUGUUUUCCUCAGAUGCAUCACAUCGUGACAAUGCAAGAAAUCCACGCUACACAUGGACCAUUGAAUUUAUAUGGAGUACAGUUAUUAAUGAAGUCAUUGCCUACAAUGACAAUGUCAAAUCUGUAGCAGUAGAGCAUGCUUUCAUGUUUGUAUGUUUCGAUAAUAAUAUUUUACCGCAUGAACGAGAACAUUUGCUAAAUCGCUAUACCAAUAGCAUAUUUUUUGAGUCUCACAAUAAUGGUUCGAAUAGUAAUUUUGACACUAUUUUCGACUAUCUUCGUAAAAAUGGACGAAAUAAAGUUGUGCGACGCAAGCCAAGAAAGCGGGACUAUUCCUAUCCGUUGCGCCUUCAUGCUAAUAGCAAUAGCAGUGGACUUGUUUUUAAUUAUUUCUAUACUUAUCUCAAUCGACAAGUUGGCUUCACCAAUAACAUCAUUCUCACAUUCAUUUUCAAUAGAAAUAUAACUCAAGAAGCGUUUCCUUCAAGUAUACGUGUUCUAUUCGAUGGGUGGAUUGAAAAUAAUUAUCUUGAAAGAUCUCCUUCAACAAUGGAAGAGAGAUCACUUUUGCCACUGCAGUCUAGUACACUUGUAUUUACAUACGAAUCAUUAAAACAUGAUAAUUCCAAUGGUAAUCAAACACUGGUCACCUUUAAUGUAACUGAUGUAGGUGAUUUUGGUCAGACUAUUGAGAGACUUAAUAUUUGGCAAGAAAAAUUCGAUCUCGAUUCUCUAAUUUGUAUUCAACUUAAAGAUGAUAUACGAGAGUGGAACGAAAAAUACCGGCGUUGUUCCUGUGAUCACAGUAUGAACGAACAAUCAUUGGCUACGUUCCAUGCCGAAAAUUCUUUGCCCGGAUCUUAUCCACGACUAUGCCACUUAUUUUCUAUUGAAGAUGUACCAUCCACCGUAGAUAGGCACAUAGGAGUUCAUACAAUCAAGAAAACCACCAACGAUUGCUUCAAUAAAUAUAGAGAAUAUUUAAAUAAUAUGAAUACGCAGGAAGAGAACAAAAAUAUUGAACUUCGGCUAGUACCGGUUUACUAUUUAAUUGCGCCUACAUCUUGUAACUUUGGCCCACCGGACACUAGCAAUUCGAUUGUAUACACUGAAACGACUCCUCUUCAAGGUACUAUCAUCGAUCCGCAUGAUCCAACUAGUAUACAUUUGACUACGGUAGCUGGUGGAGAAAUACUUCGAUCCAAACCAAUGAUUCACUACAAUCGCUAUCUUCAACGUACAUUUUAUCAUAUUGAUGAGAUUGUUGAUCAUAACAAGAUUAUUCGAUAUUUAUUUUGUGGUGAAUAUCCUUAUAUUUUAUCCAUACUCGGUCAACUGGAGCGAAAUGGUCACAUAAGUCGUGCACAAAAACGAGAUGAAUAUCUUCGCUUCUGCAAUAUGCUCAAUCGACUGCUUGUCGUUGAAAAUUUAUCGGAAUCAAUUAAAUUGAUCCAAAUUGAUGACGAAGAGAGACCAGAAAUGAGUCAGAACGCUCGAGAUAAUUGCUGUGAUCAAGCUAAUUAUGCAGACAUGAAAUCAUUACCGAUUUUGAUCAAAGACGACAUUGAGCAGUGGUACGAAAAAGCUGAUUUGUAUACAGAUGAACGUUCUAUUGCAAAAUCCAUACUUCUUGAAUCUCAACCAAAUAAUCGAUUAGUACACUUAUUUUUCAAGAACAGAAAUACUAAUCAAUUAAUUGUAGCAUUUAUCAAAGAUCUGAAAGAAAAGUUGGAAGGUCAUGGUUAUACUAUCGAUGAUAUUGAUGGUGAUGUUGAUUUAAUCGAAGACCUCGAACAGAUCAUAUUUAUCUGUACUGAAGAAAUGACUGAUAAUGAUAAUCGUCAAAUGAUAAAAGCCGUAGAGCGCAAGAUCAAUAAAAUUGGUGUUCUACGAGAUAUCUUCAUUUGUAUUAAUGAUGCUAUUCAACGUUUUUCGUGUCAUCUCAUUAAAUCUAUUCCAUAUCUCAUUUUUGAUCUGCGUUUACGCAUUGCCAAAUUAAGCGAUGAUGAAGUGCGAGAGGUGAUUGAGUAUCUUACUAAUAUGAAUGUCCAAUCAAAAACUUAUACAGAUAUGUUCGACGAUAUUUAUGAUCCCACUCAACAGACAGCACUGCAAUGUACAAGUGUUGGCGCAGGCUGUGCUGCAGCAUUUUACUUUAACUAUGCAAAACUUCUAACAUCUUUACCUAUUCAUCAAGAACGAGUGGAAUUGAUUCAUCAACAACUUCUCAUGGAGAAUUUUCUUGAUUUUAAACAGAGUAAAUCAAUUUUCAUCAAUAAAUGGGUUUUUGUCAUUCCAUGGACCAUCGAAAAUUCCUCUAAACUUCUUUCUUGCGGACUAUUGUUAAGCGAGGAUGAGCAAAAGCGAGUCGGAUUCAAAUUAUCCUACUGGAAGCCGAAAGAUCGUAAUUUUGUCAGUCCGAAACUAGCAGUGACCGUUGGUGGCGUAUUUCUACGGUCAUACAGUGCUCUAGUUAUCUAUGAACUCACAAAUUUGAUCAAUCAACAGACUCUCUACUUUCCCAUGGAGAUACCAGCGGCAUUGAAUGCCUUGCAAACUCAGUAUCAGAAUAUCCUGUCUCAUUUCAAUUUUGGAACGUUCGAUCCAUUAGAACAAGCAACGACUUUUCGUAAAAAAAUUGAGGAAUACAAAGCAAAUGAGCAAGGUGCAACAUGGCACGAUAAUAUUGUUUUAGUGCCUCUGGAUCAACCGUCGACUACACUUGAAAAUAUGUCAAUUACAUCAUAUGAAAAAGCUGAAAUUCUAGUGAAUACGUUAUGGAAGCAUUUGUCUUCAUCAAACUGA